CUUUCUCUCCCUCUCUCGCUCCCUCUCUCGCUCUCGCUCUCUCUCUCUCUGUGCUCUCGGUUUCCUCUUUGUCCAUGCACAAAGGACCCUGAGGGGUAUUUCUCAGGCAGUAUCUCUGCUGUGAAAACAGUUCCCUCCUGGGGUAUCCAGGGAGAGUAAUGGCAUGAGCUGGCUCUUCCCUGGAUAUGGGCAGGAACUGUGCUGAGCGCAACGCCCCCGACCCCCACCCCCACUCUCCUCAGCUCCUACUUCCACCCUGUCCUCAGACCACUGCAUGCAGACGACGACUGGAACCAAAUCAGAUAAAACCACUGUGAGAUCAGCUGUAAAUUGUCCGUGGGAGACCCAGGACUUCCUUGAAUAUGCACACCACAAAGCUUACUGCAUUACACCAUUAAUAACAGGAUGUUAAUGCUUGACGGGAUGCCGGCAGUCAGAGUCAAAGCAGAACCUCUGGAAUCUGAGCGAGGGUCCCCCAAAGUGCGCAGUUACCCGGAUAUGGAAGCAGUCCCACUCCUAUUGAGUAAAGUCAAACCAGAGCCUCCCGAGGACCUCCUCUCCCCCGAGCAGUUCCACACACAGACUGAGCCCGUGGACCUGUCCAUUAACAAAGCCCGCACCUCGCCCCCUUCCGGAAUCUUCUCGUCCCGUUCCUCGCCAGUGAUGUCCCUGAACUCCUCCUCCUCCCCCACCGUUAUCACCUCCGUCUCCUCCGUACCGAGGCCGCUGGUGGCCUCGCCCUCCAGAGUCAGGAACCAGCAGUUUUUGCACAUCGUCCACCCCUCCCCAGCUCCCUCCAGCCCUGUCAGCCUCCAGACCAGCAAGCUGCCCGGACAGGUCCGGCGCAUCCCUGUGGUGGUGCAGCCCGUGCCCCUGAUGUACAGAUCCAUCCGCCCACCAACAAAUGCCAACUCCCCCAUCAUUCUACCUCUGCUUGAGGAGAUCCGGAAUCAAGGCAAAGGGAAAAUGGACCCUAAUGGCUUGUCGCCGAGACAAAUCAAAAGCGACAGUGAUGAUGACGACCUGCCAAAUGUGACCUUGGACAGUGUUAAUGAAACAGGUUCCACUGCUCUCUCCAUAGCCAGGGCCGUGCAAGAUUCCAUGUCACCGUUCAGUAUUGAGAGCCUGAGACGUCCUCGAAGAUCUGAGUCCCCAGACUCCAAGAAGAGACGCAUCCACAGGUGUGACUUUGAGGGCUGCAAUAAGGUGUACACAAAAAGCUCCCAUUUGAAAGCACAUCGACGAACACACACAGGCGAGAAGCCGUACAAGUGCACCUGGGACGGCUGCACCUGGAAGUUUGCCCGCUCUGACGAGCUGACGCGCCACUACAGGAAGCACACGGGGGUGAAGCCGUUCAAGUGCGCGGACUGCGACCGCAGCUUCUCUCGCUCCGACCACCUGGCGCUGCACCGGCGCAGGCACAUGCUCGUGUGAGCCGGGGGGGAGGGGGGGAGCGGUGAGGGGCGGGGAAAGGGGGCGGGGCUAACGGGAGCACGCACAGACAACGCAGGAGAGCUGGGCCUUUCCUUGCACACGCAGGAGAGCUGGGCCUUUCCCCUGCAUGCCCAGGACCCCCCCCCCCCUCCCCCCCCUCCUCCAUACAGAGAGGAAGGCAACGGACAGACGAACUGUUAUGCAGACGUCGAGGGAGAAAACAGGGUCUGGCUCCUCGGAUCGGCAGAGGUAGGGCCCGGAAGCCAAUAGGAUACUGGCGCGAAGUCAAAGAAUCUGUCCUUUACUGAGCACUGUUUGAUACGUUUCUCUUACAUUCAAAAGGCAUAUAUGUUCCUUGUUUGGACAAACAGGUAUUACGGUCAGUAUCAUUGUCAACUAUAUAUAUAUUUUUCAGUUUUAGUAUAUAUUGUUGUUUUGUAUAAAAGGCUGCUUUUCUGCAUCUAUAAUGUGAAACAAUACAGACAGAAUGACUGUGCUACUAGUGCCGCAACACAGGCAGGUUUCUUAAAGAACAGUAUUAUUGCACAAAUCCUUGCAUCUUUCCCCUGCUCUGUGCUCUAAGCAGUUUACAGGACAUCUACAGGACAUUUGAUUGCCUCUUUGGAAUUUUUAAAAGACAAUACUCCACAAGCCUAAAUACAUAGGACACAGCGGAUUUUUGAUAGCCUAAAGUUGUCCAAUAAACCAAUGGCAAGAUGAUCAAGGACGUAAUUGUUUUCACACGCACACGCACACACACACACACGCUGCAUAUGUAUAUAUACAUGUAUGUUAUUAAGCAGUUUUGCAAACCUUUAUGUAAUUGUUUUUUUUUUUUUUUUUCAUAAAGUGGAUUUUUGAGAAGGUUACACCAUGUACAUCCCUAACAGCCUUUGUAUAGUUGGAUGUGUAAUAGUAAACUUUUCCAGUCAUCCUUGAAUCUCCACACGGCAAUAUCUUUCUGAAUGCCCAUUUUAGUUUUUUUUUUUUUUUCUCUAGUCUAGAAAAUCAUUGGUGGUGCAUUCUGUGCUGUGAUUAGCAAUCCAUAAAGUGCAAUCUGAACAAGUGAAUAUAGUUUUGUGUAAAAGAAAAAAAAAUGUACAAAAUACUUUCUGUCAUUUUAUGUUAAUUAUUAUCUUUAUCUGUCUGCUUUGAUAAAAAACAAACAAAAAAAAAACAGUAUUUUGAACUGCAGAAUUGUAAUAUCAGUAUGUAUAAUUUACAACGCUUUAAGCACCUUACACUAAAAAAUAAGAAUUCAGUUAGUUCCUGAAAAAGUAGUAUAUUAUAUGAAGUGAAAGGGAUGGGGGAUAUUUUUGUUCUUGUGAAAGUUAAAUAGGACCGAAUAUAACCCCCAAUUGGGAAAUGGUGUUAAGGGAAGCUUCGUCUCUGGGUCCCAUUACCAGCGGCUGUCUGUUACAGGAUCUCUUCGAACAUGGAAGACAUCUGGGCAUAUAUGCUUUGCAUUAUUAUAUAUAUAUAUAUAUAUAUAUAUAUAUAUAUAUAUAUAUAUAUAUAUAUAUAUAUAUAUUAAUGCAUUUGCCCCCUGCAAUACUUUCACAUUGUUAUUGCUAGAUUUUUAAUUGGAACAUAGGACAGAUUUGGACAGAUCCAAAAAAGGGAAUGUGGAUUUAUGAUACAACAAUUUCUACCAGCAAACAUACAGCAUUUCCCAGCUGCCCCCUAGUGGCCCACUGUCUCACUACAGUGAUUCGCAAGCAGACAGUUGUCUUGAGAUCAGGAUGAGCAGGCUAGACAAUGCAAAACAGAUUGGCCCUUCCGCUAGAAGACCUCUGCAGGGCCAAUUUGCAAAACGGUUCCAGACCAGCAGCUGCACUCUCAAAAGAAAGGGUUUCAAAACGCUCCUCUGUGUCUCCAUUGGGGAACUCUAGAUCUAGAUCAAAGAAUGGUUCUUUGUCAGGCAAAAUGGUUCAAUCUCAGAGCUUUAACAUUUUUCACACCUACCAUAGAGGGUUACAUAGAGAAACUAAUGAGGUUUCUCUGUGGAGACAAGCCAAAGAGCCUUCUUUUCUGAGAAUGUGGACGUUUUUUUCUGAGUGCUAGCUCGUUGGAAUCAUUUCCCUCACGUUCCAAAUUUGACUUUUUCUCCAAAAUUGGAAUUCCCUGACGAAUGUGUAAGCCCAGCCCAUGGCUACAGUGUCCUCUGUCAAAUCUGGCAAACCCCACGCUAACACGUUUCCUCUCAGCCAUAUUGGCCAGCCUCAGCCUUUGCUUCUUUUCAGUGUGCACCUCCAGCUGAGCUGGGCAGUCGCUGUGUCAGAUGACUACACUUAAAAUGCAGCUGAGGCUGACUUGGUCACUGGUUCAGUCAGUGUUCAAUUUUAGACUUUGGGUUGGUCUGCAUCAAGGGCUAGUGCUUUAGCUGGAUGCUAAAGGGAGACUCAUUCACCUCACGGUUUGUAAAAGCAUAUUGCAUGCUUCAUGUUCAUGUUGAUGUUUCAUCAUCUAAAAUAUUGCCUGUCAUAGCUGAGAUGUACUGUUGCAUUGCCCAGGUCUUGCACUCAGAAAGGGUAUCAGAGUAGGAGUGCUGACCUGGGAUCAGUUUUGUCUUUUAGCUCAUAAUGAAUAAGGUUAGGAUACGGGCCGGGAAAAAGCUGAUCCGAGAUCCAAACUCCUACUCUGAAACACUGAAUGCAAGGCUCCGAGCUACUUAUAAUGGAAUGUCAAACAUCAUUUACUCUCAGCAAACAUGUUUACUGGUUCUACUAGUAGAAGUAAGUGAUAUAAUAAGACUGUAACUUUUGCACAUGUCAUACAGACAACGUCUUUGACAAAAUGUCACAAAAGACCCUGUGUUUAUGGAAAAAUGGGUUCUUGUUCGGGUCUUGUUCGAGAUUUUCAGAAAUCCUUAUCUAAGAACACAAUGCAUGAUCUAAACAGCAUCGCAGUGCACAUUGUAUAUUUUGAAGUUAUAUGCCCAUACACCGGAAAAGGCUUUAUAAGCAAAGGCCACCUGGAUCACUUAGAUUCUCCAUAACAACCAACCAGCCUGUUUCUCUCUUCAGCAUGAACUCUUAAAGGGGCCUGCUACCAUUAUCAUGCUUUGGGUUAUCUGGCAUGUCACUUCAAUUAGAGGCCAAGGUAGAAAUUAUGUGGUUUGUUACAGAUAUUCCAUUACAUUGGUUUGGUAGCAUAAACACAAGUUGCCAAUGGAUUCUUUCUGAGCACAAAUUCCAGCUUGUACUUUGAUAUGGUACCAAUGUCCAAUAGAGCUGUGGUACCCAACCCCAAACCUCUGUCAUGGGGACCCCCCUGUGUAUGGUGGUUUUUGUUUCAACCACAAUUGCAAUCCCAAAAUUGUAACAAGUUUUAAUUACAGUUGGUGCUUUUCAUGUUCAGCUAUUCAUGUCAUGUAGAAUUAACCUCUCAUGUUGAAAUUGUGCUAUAUUUCAAAGGACUUCAUAAAAAGAGGAUGAAAACCCUAACUAAUCAAAUUAAAGACCUAAAUGGAUCGAUAUGACUCCUAAUUGGCUAAAGUGUGGACACAUGGCCACUAAAACUAAUCAUGAGGUAGACAAAGCAAAUGGUAAUAAGCCCAACCUGCAUGGUGUUAAGUUAAAGGUUAAAAAAAAGAAUUGAGCAAUCACAUAUUCAGUAGUCUAAUUAUGAGGCUGCUGAUCAUGUAAUUUGAUCAGUAACAUGUUUACCUCUUUAUAUUAAUUUUUGCAAUAAAGAACAAUUAGAAUAAUGUAAACAUGAUAUUUUUAUUCUUCAUGGCAUGUAUAGCUAUUUUUGACGUAAUGUAGCUUAAGAGGGUAAAUAAUCCUUCAAAAUAUGAAAAGUACCUAAUUAAGAAAAAAUAGCAGCUCUUUAAAAUUCUGUGAUUUUAAUUUUGUCUGGAACAAAAACCAGCAUACACAGGGGGUCCCCAGGACCAUGGUUGGGGACCACUGCAAUGGAGGAGAACCUCAGAACUGAGACAGUAAAUAACAGUGUUUCUCAAGCAGUAUACCGUUAGUGAAGUAAUGCAGUUAUGUUACUAUGAAGUAUGGAAAAUAUGUCUGAAAAAUGCUGCAAACAAAACAAAAAGGAUUAUGCUGUGUGUUAUGUUCAAUAUGAAAUGAGACCAAUAUGUUUUGAAUUUUGAUGCUAGGUUUCAUAUAUUUUGUGUGGACACAUGAUUACACCAGUUCUUCAAGUCAAAAAUGUUUGAUUGCCUUUUAGGAAGCAAAUAGCACCAGCACCCUGUUUAAGUGAUAUAUAGUUCAGUAAUUCUCAUCAACACAUUAUCAUUUCAUAUCAUUUUUCACUUUGUGAUUUUCUGAAAUGAAGGGCACUUCUUCUUUGUUUUGUUUUUAUUUUAUAUUCAGUUUCUGUACAAGAGGUGUUUUAAAAUAAUGUAAUAUAUGUGAGUAUUUCAAAACCCAGUUUUAUAUAGAAUGUAUAUACUAUUGUGUGGAUGGACUUUUUAACACAGAUAAAUACUUUGAAUACAUUUUUACAGGUAGUAAAUUAUAGAAUUUGGUAUAUUCAGGAUGCUUAAAGCAUUGUCCUAAUUACACACAAAAAAAAUAUUUAAUUUCAGUUUAACUGACUGGUUCUAGUUCUGUUUUUCCACAACAAAUAAGGGGGGAAAUCUAAACCUGUGCAUAUUUUAUUUUUCAAAAAUACUCCAUCAGAGCUUUCAAUGCAACCAUGCCAUAAAAUGUGGUGUGUUUCACUUCUUUGUUACACAAAUGCAUUAUAUUUAUAUAUGCAUUAUAUAAUACAUGCAUUAUAUAAUAUAAUGGAAUUUGACAAACUUGACAGUGUCACAACAUUUGUUAAUGGACCUGUUUUUCCCUCUUUAAGUUAUUAUAAUUAAAAUUAAUCAUGUAAUCAAUUUUGGAUAUAGCUUGCAGUUUAUGAACACUCAAUAUAUUUCCUUUAGCUGAAUUUUUACCCGUAAGCGAGGAUUCAUUUUUGUGGCAUAAUUUUGUAACGGCAGCCAGGGUCAAAGUUAUGCAAUAAUCAGUAGUGCCUCCUAAUAACUGUACUGUAGUGUGGACCUGUACAAGCAUUACACAGACGAGAAUUACCACAGUUAGCUGCAAAAAUUGAUAAUGAAUCAAUCAAAAUAUUUUUAACAGCAGAUUAACCAAUAUGCAAAAGUUACAUUUUGCAAACAUCCCAGCCUUUACAUUUGAAUUUUUGUUUUAUGAUGUAACAAUUUUAGACAUAAAAUAAGACAUCUUAACAGCCAGCAGUGACCAUCUAAAAGGGGGGUCCUCCCCCUCCCCACCCCCUUUUUUAUAACAUUUUAUGUGUCUCCUAUGGUAGUCGCAUAUGCUUUGUAAGGACAUAUUAACAACUUAACCUCAAAUCACCUCUGAAAUGAAUUGAUAAUGAACAGUUUUUUAACCCUUUCAGGUUUUUUGCACAGAUUUACUUCAUGUACCCAUUUGCAAAGCCAAGAUAACUAGAAUAAUGGCUUUUCAUUUGUACCAUGUUAUUUCAAAGGAAGUUGUAUGGUAUUUCACUGGGAAACUUCAAAAACAUAUAUUGAAUGUGCAACGACUGGGACCCCAACUUUUGGACAUUUAUUAUUUUAUUUUAAUUUUUUUGUUUUGUAAAUGUAUUAGUGCAUUUUUUCCAGUUAAUAUCAAUGAUGUUUAUUUUAUCUUCAUUGUAAACUAAGUAGCUGAGCUGAUACCUAUGUAAGUGUACUGAUAUUAUCUUAAGUGUUGUUCUUGUAUUUAUGUACAGUGUAUGUAAUGUAAAUAUAAUUCAGAGCUUUUCAUUAUUUCAGUAAAAAAUAUUAUAUGCGAUGAUUAAAAGGGAGUCCCAGAUUCGAUUUUCAGAAAAUUAAAUGCCCCAGUGUCUUUGAAGAGAUUCAAAAGAAUUUGUUUUCUUCUUUUUACAAUAGCGUCAAAACAUUUUGUCAGUACCUUGCUUUUUCAAGCAUUAUUUUAUUUUCCAAAUGAAUUGACCUGUGAAUUGAAAUUGAGUUUAAUCAUAAACAUGUAUUAUAAUCUGAAUGGAGGCAUGACGGUAAAUAAAGUUGAAUUUUGUUUUUAAUAAAAAGAUCCUUUUCCCA